CCGUUUCCAGGGCGACUCAGUUGGCGGCCAAAAAGCGCCAAACCAAAAAUACAAAGGGACAACAGUGAGUAUGUGAAGGGUCCGUGGAAGCCUCUCAGUAUCAAACUCUGCUCAUAUUUGUGCCUUUAACGUUGACCUAUUUACUAACGAGUCAGUUUACCGUUCCAGUUAAAGACUUGUUUAGUUUGAUAAAGAAAAACAUCAUGGAGGAACUCUUCAGCAAAGUGUUACAAGUGAACGUGAGGUGCAGGGACUGUGAGGAAAGGAAAGCAAAUAUCCGUGUCACCAUUGAGCUUCAGUUGACAACAAGUCCAGUACACAAAAGGGAUCUUCUUGUAAAACUGACUGAUGAUCUAGACCCAUAUUUUCUCUUCAACCUCUCUAUAUCAGAAGAAGAUUUCCAAAGUUUGAAAGUCCAGCAGGGGCUGCUGAUAGACUUUGCGUCAUUUCCCCAGAAGUUUAUUGACCUGCUUAAUCUGUGCUGUUCUGAACAACAGUCAGACAAUCCAAGGUUUCUUCUGCACUUGUCAUGUCAUUCUCCAGUGCUGGAAGGCCCUGCCAACUUCAGUGUUGUAGAGACAAAUGCGUUUAAACAUCUGAACCACUUGUCUUUACAGCUCGCUCACGGCUCUGAUAAAGAGGUUAAAGACUAUCUGGCAGUGUGUCUCUCCUCCCUGAAGGCAGCAAAGCAGGCCCUAGAGAUGAAGCUUAAGAAGACUGAAGAGGAUUUGUCCAGGCAGCUGAGUUAUGCUCAACAGACUCUGUCUGAGAAGACAAAAGAGUUGGACAAACUGCGUUCAGAGUGGACGAAUCAGACCAGCUGUCUGUCCAGACGUCACUCUGAGGAGUUACAAUCAGAAAGAGAAAAGGCUGUAGAGUUACAGAGCAGGCUGCAGCAGCAGACUGAGCAGCUCCGUCAGGAGCUGGAUAGUGCCCAUAAGAAGAGCAGCCAGCAGCUUCAUAGCAAACUGACAGAGCUGGAGGCGUCCUGCAGGGAGUUGACAGAGAAAAAAUACAAGAACGAGUCUGCCAUUAGAGACCUGAAGAUUAAACUAGUGGGCGCAGAGGAGGAGUGCCAGCGUUUGAAGCAACAGGUCCUGUCUCUCAGGAGGGAGAACAGCACUCUGGAUACAGAGGUCCAUGAGAAGGAGCGUUUGGUGAGCCAGCUCCAGAUGAGAGUAGCUGUUCUGGAACAAGAGAUCAAGGAUAAGGACCAGCUCAUGCACCGCACAAAAGAGGUGCUGGAAGCCACUCAGCAGCAGAAGGAAUCAAUGGAAGACAAUGCUGAAAGUAAAGAACAUCAGAUCAGAAAACUUGAAGCUACGGUGAAAUCACUGUCUGAGGAGCUGAUAAAGGCUAAUGGUAUCAUUAAGAAGCUGCAGGGAGAGGUUCGAGGCCUAGUUGGAAAAAUAAAAGUAAAAAACACUGUGACUGUGUCACAGGAGAAGGUCCUCCAGGACACGUCAGAAAAACUUCAAAAUGUUGAAAAGGAUCUACAGAGUGCUCAGCAGCAGCUCGUCAGCAAGGAUGAGCAGGUUUCAAAACUGAAAGAACAGUUGGAGGCUACGGUACAGAAGUUAAAUGAAAGCAGAGAGGUGUUAAAAACCAAUGAGAAUGUGAUAAGCUGGCUUAACAAACAGCUAAAUGACAAGCAGCUGUCCAGAAAGCCACAGUCUCCUGAAUCUUUGGAGAAUCCUUCAGUUUUAUCCACAUCAACAGGACUGAGGGCACAGUUUUAUCCUCAUACAGGCAAACCUGCUGUAUCUCCUGUGGCUGCUGCUGAUGUCACUCCUGCUGAUCAGCGAGCAUUGCAGACAGCAAACCAACAGAUUGGAGACCGUGCGGGUCUGGAUUCUAAGUAUUUUGAGAGGAGAGAUGAUAGCAUCCCAAUCUAUGGUCUGUCAUCUAAUCAGCUUCGCAGAGAGUUCCCUCAGCUAACAAAGCCCUCCGUGGCUUCUGCUUACUUCUCUGCAUGAAGCAGACAAAUAAUGACCAGGAUGCAGAAUGGUCUUCAUUCCAGUUCUAGGAGGAAGUAAACUCAUCAAAUGUCAUGUUUUCAGCUCCCGUAUGAAACUGUUACUGACCUGCUGUGUUCAAUAAAGUUGUUUUUAAGUAGAAUUUCAACUUAUGUGCUAAAUGUCUCCAUGUCUACUUUCUAAUUUGUUGUUUAAGUAAAUGCUGUUAAACCUUUCUGUUCGGUGGAUUGCAGCAAUCAUGGUGAAUAUGUCUUCAAAUUAAAAAAAAAAAUUCUAAUACAGUAUAUUAAAUUUGCCAUAGUAAGUGUUUAUAUUGUGUCUUUGUUUCAUGUUGUAUUUAAGUAAUGAAGUCUUUAAUAAAUAGCUAUUCCAUGCUCA